AUUUGUAAAUUCAUAAGAGAUUAUUUAUUUGACUAUUAUAUGUUUUGUUUUUUGUUUAUGCAGACAUUUGAGAAGAUGAAAAUUUUAAAAUUUGACAAUUGUGAAUACUUAACAAAUAUAUCUGACAUCUCGUGUCUCCCAAAUUUAGAAAUUUUUUCAUUCAAAAACUGUGAGAAUUUAAUUUCAAUUGAUGAGUCUAUUGGGUUCCUCAAUAAGCUCCAAAUCUUGAAUGCUAAGGGUUGUGACAAGUUAUCGAGUUUUCCACCUUUAAGGCUGAACUCUCUUCGAGAGCUACAACUUUCAUUUUGUACAAGUCUCACGAAAUUUCCUGAAAUAUUGGACAAGAUGAAUAAUAUCAACAAUAUAACUUUGUUCAGUAGUGGCAUAAAAGAAUUUCCAUCUUCAUUUCAAAAUCUUACCGAACUUCAUAACUUAUCGAUAAGUGGACAUGGAAAACUUAUAUUUCCAAGUAGCAUUCCCAUGAUGUCAAAUUUGUCCCAAGUUAAUUUUGAUGGUUAUAGUCAGUUUGUCACAAAACCAAAUGAUGAACUGAGUUCCUUGUUGUCUUCCAAUGUGAAAGAGAUUAUAAUUCGAACAAGCAAACAUAAAUUUCUAGCAGUGACUCUUACCUUGUUUUCUAAUGUGGAAACCUUAGACAUAUCCGGCAGCGAUAUCAAAAUUCUUCCUGAAUGCAUAAAAAACUGUUGCUUUCUAAAGAGCAUUUAUUUGGAUUAUUGCCAAUAUCUUGAAGAAAUAAGAGGGAUUCCGCCAAAUCUUAAAUCAUUGUCUGCAUUGGGGUGCGAAUCAUUGACUUCAUCGAGUAAAAGCAUGCUAGUGAAUCAGAAACUGCAUGAAGCUGGAGGCACUGAGUUUCGUUUUCCAUCGUCACAAACUGAGAGGAUUCCGGAGUGGUUUGAGCAUCAAAGAAGAGAACAUUCGAUUUCUUUUUCGUUCCGUAACAACUUGCCUUCCUUGGUUUUCUACUUUUCUCUUAUAAGAAUGCAUGAAUGGAUCCUUGGGGUAGGAUUAAGAGUCUUUUUGCUCAUCAAUGACUAUGCAUAUGCUCUUGAUGUUCUUAAGUUUAGUAAUUCUUGUGAUAUUCCAAGGAAAUCUACAUAUAUAUUUUCUUCUGAUUGGAAAAACUGGUUAGAACUAGGAGACUAUAUACCAAAGGGACUCAAAUCUAUGUUGGAUGAUGCACUAUUGAAAAAUGAAUGGAUUCAUGCUGAAGUUACGAUUGCGAUUGAAUUGAAUGAGGGUAUUGCUGAAAGUGGAAUCCAUGUAAUGAAACAGUUAACUAGCGUGGAUGAUAUUCAAUUCACUAAUUCUUCCUUAUCCAAAAAGAGAAAAUUAGAUGAGUUUCUGAAUGAAUCAACAUCAGAAUGAAUAUGGUUGUUGUAGAAAGUGGACUCCACCUACUCAAUCAUUUAACUAGCAGGUCAGAUUGCAUUCCCAAUCGAGUUCCACAUGGACAACAAUAGAGCUAUACGUUUUUGCUGCAACAUUUGUGUAUCUGAAACUCCCAUGUCCACUAGCUGCUUUUUCUGCGGAAGGUGUAACAACCAACUAAUAUACCCUCUCCACUUUCAGUUACAUCAGUUAUUACCAUAUAGUUGAUUCGUGAUUCG